UUUGUUUUAUAUGGCAUUUUGCAAGUGUUUGGCAUGGACGAAAUCCAAGUGCGCAGAAGUAGGCAGUAGCGCAGCCGUUAUUGGUAAAGGAUUCUCCGGCCUUUUCUUAGGGACUCCAAUCCCCAACUCUCUGCAUAACACACUUCACAGAGUCGCCUCUUUUUUUUAAGCUUUUCAAACUUCCAAUUAUGUCAGGUAAUCAAGAACCAAUUUUGAAUAAGGAUGGUGUUAGUGGUAUGCGAUCAGCAUACCUUAAACUCAAGCCUUGGCAGUGGUGGCUUUUGGUGGCAAUCAAUAUUUUCUUCCUAGUUGCAGGCCAAUCUGCUGCUGUUCUGUUGGGAAGAUAUUAUUACGACAAAGGCGGAAAUAGUAAAUGGCUGGCAACUCUUGUCCAAACUGCUGCAUUCCCGUUCCUUUACAUCCCCCUCGUUCUACUUCCUUCUUCUGGAGAGCCUUCAAUCACUUCUACAUCCCCCUCCAUUAAAAUGCUUGCUCUAAUAUACUUUUUUCUUGGCGCGCUUAUAGCCGGUGAUAACAUGUUGUAUUCAACUGGCCUUUUAUACCUAUCUGCCUCCACUUAUUCGCUCAUUUGUGCAUCGCAAUUAGCCUUCAAUGCCAUUUUCUCGUACUUCCUUAAUUCGCAGAAGUUCACGUCUUUGAUUCUUAACUCCGUGGUUGUGCUUUCAUUUUCUGCAGCUCUCAUUGCAGUCAAUGAUGAUUCAGACGGCCCUUCAGGACUCUCUAAGGGGAAAUACAUCAUAGGCUUCCUUUGCACGCUUGGUGCUUCAGCAAUAUACUCUCUUGUGCUUUCACUUAUGCAGCUCACCUUUCAAAAGGUCAUAAAAAAGGAAACGUUCUCCGUGGUGUUGGAUAUGCAGAUUUACACCUCGCUUGUUGCCACGUGUGUUUCUGUUAUCGGGCUGUUUGCUAGUGGAGAAUGGAAGACUUUGCAUGGAGAAGCGGAGAGUUUUGGUAGCGGGAGGGUGUCUUAUAUUCUUACAAUGGUUUUUACAGCAGUUAGUUGGCAGGUUUGUUCUGUUGGGGUUGUUGGACUUAUUUUUCUGGUGUCUUCUCUCUUCUCCAAUGUCAUAAGUACUGUGGCUUUGGCUGUAUCUCCAAUUGCUGCUGUCAUUGCUUUCCAUGACAAGAUGAAUGGUGUGAAAGUAAUCUCUUUGCUUAUGGCUUUUUGGAGUUUUGGCUGUUAUAGUUACCAGAAUUACUUUGAUGAUUCUAAGGCAAGGAAAGCUCAACAUGAUGUUAAAGACAACCAUCAUGAUUCUUCUUGUUGAUAAUAUUAAUGUGAAGCUAAUAAAGCCCAUUUGAAAUUCUUAGUUUAA